AGAUUUUAGGAUUUGCACGGUUUCCAUUUGGACCCUUUGAGCAAAGAGGCAAUGCAGAGGGAUCAUAAAAGGUGUGACGUGACAGCUCUGAGAGGAAAGUGUUGCAGUAGCACUUGUUGGAGACGGUCCAACGAGUUGUAACUGAUGUAAGAUGGCGAAGAACAAACAGAAGGGGAAAAAGCAGAAGAACGUCUUUCAAGUUGCAAACAAGCAUCUGAAGAUCAAGAACAAAACUAAACCCGUCACGACCACUCUAAGAAACAUAAAUGCGGUGAAAAGCGAGAAAGUAGAACAUUUAAACAAGAUGUUCAGCAAAGUCCAGCGAGACGUGAAGAGCGUUUCCAAGUCUGUCGCUCCUGAAACAAAGAAGCAAACUCAGGUUGUUAAAGAACCACCGAAGGAGCCUGUAAAUGUUGAUGCUGCUGCUCAGAUGUUCUCCCAGCUUUAACUUUGACUCAUGACUUAAUGAUGUAAAUUAAAAUGUGUGAAUAAUCUCUGCGUAAAAAUCUCAUUCUACAUUAUUAUUAGGGCUGAGACUUUUAACGGGUUAAUGGAUUAAUUAAUUAGAAAAAGAAAUGACGCAUUUAAAAGAAUUAACGCAUUUAAUCCCAGCUUGCAUUUCGAGCAAGGCGGAACCUUUGUCAUUGCACGAUUUAUUUGUAGACCGAAUAUGACUGACGCACACAACAAUGCACAGCGCUAAUGGCUACUAAAACAGAAUAAAAACAGAAAGAAGUUGCCUUGCUUGGACUGAUGCAGGAUUUAGGAAACACGUCCGCCUCUUUUCUUAACUUGGAAAAAAAAAAAACUUCCAGACAACAACGGAGUCCGUGUCGCAGACAUUUUUCUGAGAUCGUCUCUGCUGCAGCUGCCCGGUGGCACCGGAACCUUUACAAAAGUUGCGGUUAUCUACUGUAUAUUUUAACAUUUACGUAACAUCUGUGCAGCGCUGAAAGCACCAGACAGAAUAAUUCUUUGCCCUAACAGUAGUUUAUGAAAGUAGUCAGACAAACGAGAGGCACCUGGCUGCCGCUGGGAGAACGCUCCUGUUCUCACUACUCUGUAAACAAUCACAAACAAUGUGUCUUAAAGUUGAAAACAGAAGUUUAAGUUAAAACAAACACUCUAAAAAUGCAAUUAAUUUAGAUUAAUUAAUUACAAGCCUGUAAUUAAUUAGAUUAAUUUUUUAAUCGAGUCACGGCCCUAAUUAUCAGUCUUUAUUGUCUAUGCUGAUUUACAAUUAUUUCCAUUACAACUGUAAAUAUUAUAUUAGGACAUAGAAUAAAUCAAAAUCCACAUGAGCUGUAAUGUGAAAUAACCUUUUUUUUUCUUUGAAUCCACAAUAAAAAGGUUUGUAAGGCCA